UUGGCCGGGCGGGCUCGGCGGGCGGGGCCGGGCGGCGGCGGCGGGGCCGCUCUGCAGCCUUGGCCGGGGAGGCGCCGCUCUCGCUCCGCUGAGGCGCUGCCGCCGCCGGGCCCAGGCGCGGGAGGAGGCAUUCCGGCAGCUGCGCACCUUUUGCUCGCCGUCCCUUUUCCCCGGCGAAUCUCUGCGAAGACAAGUGAUGUCCACAGCUACCCUAAUUAGCUUGGUACGGAGCGGAGGGUUCCAGGUGAGAAGGAGAGCCGCGCUCACGUCCCGGCUGCUGCAGGACGAGAAGCGCCCCGCAGCCGCCUGCUCCAUCUCCACCUGCGAGCGCCGCGCCUCCCGCUUCGACCCCGACGGCAGCGGGCGGCCCACCACAUGGGACACCUUCGGCAUCUGGGACAACCGCAUCGAUGAACCCAUUCUCCUCCCACCCAGCAUAAAGUACGGCAAGCCCAUCCCAAAGGUGAGCCUGAGCAACGUGGGCUGCGCCAGCCACAUCGGGAAGCGAAAGGAAAAUGAGGACCGCUUCGAUUACGCGCAGCUGACAGAGGAUAUCCUGUACUUCGCGGUGUACGAUGGUCACGGCGGGGCGGCAGCUGCCGACUUCUGUCAUAAGUACAUGGAAAAAUAUAUUAAGGAAUUUCUUGCUGAGGAGGAGAACUUGGAAAAUGUUUUGAGCAAAGCUUUUCUAGAAAUAGACAAAGCAUAUGCAAGGCAUGCUAAUGUCUCUGCUGAUGCAACUCUGCUGAGCUCUGGGACUACUGCAACAGUGGCUCUGCUCCGGGAUGGAAUUGAGCUGGUUGUGGCAAGCGUGGGAGACAGUCGUGCUCUGCUGUGCCGGAAAGGAAAGCCCGUGAAACUCACCACUGACCACACUCCAGAGAGAAAGGAGGAGAAGGAAAGGAUUAAGAAGUGUGGUGGCUUCAUUUCCUGGAACAGUUUGGGACAGCCUCACGUGAAUGGUAGACUUGCAAUGACACGGAGCAUAGGAGAUUUGGAUCUUAAAAACAGUGGUGUGAUAGCCCAGCCAGAAACAAAAAGGGUUCAGCUGCAGCACGCAGACGACAGCUUCCUGGUGCUGACCACCGACGGCAUCAACUUCAUAGUGAACAGCCAGGAGAUCUGCAACUUCAUCAGCCAGUGCCAUGACCCUGCUGAGGCUGCCCACGUGGUCACUGAGCAGGCAGUGCAGUUUGGCACUGAAGACAACAGCACAGUUGUCAUAGUGCCAUUUGGAGCUUGGGGCAAGUACAAGAACGGGGACAUUACCUUCUCCUUCAGCCGCAGCUUCGCUUCCAGCGGGAGGUGGGCGUGAAGACAAGGACACAGCGAUCCCUUCCUGCCGUCACCUGGACACAGCGUGCUACAGGAGAACACCUCCAUCUGUUCCUAGGCUGACUCAGUGUCUUGUCCAUCUCUUCUGUUCCCAGUGUUAGAAGAUGCCACUGCUCCCUUGGUGCGUAGUGCCCGUUGUUGCUUACAGCUGACUGUGUCUCGCUGCCCGUUAUUCCCAGCAGCAUCGCGGCAGCGUCCUGGGUUUGUCGCCCCAGCAGCUCCACACAUCACUUUGUUCACACAGACGAGGUUCUGGGCUUUCACCUGAGGCUGGAGGGGGUGCACAGUCACUUCAUGCCUACCUGUACUCCUCAGGACCCUCAGCUCCCUGGCAGCUGGGUCCCUGAGCCACAUGCUGGAUUCCUUGUCCGAUAAAACACGGGGGAACAAACGCACAAUGUUCUUAGGUAGGCAGAAAGAGGGUUUGUUUUCUUCUUCUGCUGCAGCCACCUGAAACUCCCCUGUGCUCCAGGAGAAGUGGGUGAAAAAUAAAGGAGAAGUUUUAGAAUAUUUAGGUUCUGAUGCCAGUGGCAUUUGGUGUAGCUGUACAAGUUCCUGAGACAGUGCUGCUUUGUGCUCUCGCUGCCAGCAUCUGUGAUCCUCUAGCUCCAAGGAGACAGACCAGGCUGGAGCCAUGUGCUGUUGGACAGAUGGGAACCUUUCUCCAUUGGGUCCAAAGCCUGUGCAGUCUCUGUGGACCAUGCAGCAGCCCCUUGCACUGUCUUCUCUUUGCUGUCAGUGCCUGACAGAAGCACAGAGGAGGGAAAAAGACGCACAGUUUUGAUAUCCAGAGACUCAUCAACUUGAAUUUCUUUUUUUUUUUUUAAUAAAGAAAAUAAGCUAAUUUCAAAGA